AUGAGAGAUCUGCCCGUCAUCAGCAUUGAAAAUUACACCAUUUACUGCGGCGACGUUGAUGAGAACAAAAUGCGUUUUGUACGACCGUGGGAUCGCAGAGGACGUGAACUCUGGAUCGCAGAGGACGUGAACUCUGGAUCGCAAGUGCUCACGCACCUACUUAAACCCCUAAGGACAACACAGGUGGUCAUUUUCGGAAUCAACGGAAAUGCGAGGAUGGGACUUGAACAACAAUCCGAUGUGGUGGGAAAGUGGCCUAAAGAGCAGCACAAGCGAAAGAUGAGAAUGCUCAAACUUCGAAUCGACUGCGUCCUGAGGAGGAACAUUCUCCAAUCGGAUAUCAGAAAAUCUAGAGCCGUGUGGGACGUCGCAUUCGAUUCCGACCACAUUUCUGUUCUUCUGAGCUUGAAAAAGGAUUUCCGCCAACGGAUGUCGGUGAAUAUUGGAUUACAGACCAAGCUUAAGGACGCCCACUCUCUCACCAGUCGUGUUCAGUGCACUGCAAAGAAAACGCUGCAAAAGAAAACUGUUCCAAUGACGAGGAAGAAGUUUGCCGUUGCAUCUGCGGAGACAAGAUCCGCAUACAAUUUUGUAUGUCACGACACACAAAAUGAGCAAGGAGAAGUGUCUGAGAAAGAACCUGCGCCAGCCGUAAGGGUGACAUCUGAUGUCCAGGAGCGGAUCGAUGCGGUUGACCUAGCGCAGUGGAUCGCAACCUCUAAUGGCUACAUUGCUGAUGUACCUCGUAGGCUAGGUCUUAUUGCGCAACGAGAUUAUGCCAAGGCGGAUGACUCCGAAAAGAUCAGUUUCUCCUUACCUUUCAUAACCGACGACCUGAGGGAUGGACUCCUUGUUUCUGCUGAGCCAGGACUGACUUAUGAUAUCCUUGUAUCCUGCACGUCGGUCCGGCCAAAAGCCUGCAAUCAAGAGUCAUGUAGGCUACCGAAACGGAAAAGGACUAGGAUGGCGAUCUGUACUUAUAACGCACGUACGCUUGCAUCGGAAGCGGCCAUCGAAGACCUGAUGAUGCAAGCCAAGAAGAUCAAGUACGACGUCAUCGGACUGACGGAGACGAGACGACAUCACCCUCUCAACGCCGUAUAUGAAUCUGGAGAAGAACUGUUCUUAGGAACAUGCGACAGUAGAGGUGUUGGUGGAGUUGGCGUCCUCGUCAACACGAAAACGGGAAAGAACAUCGACUCCUUCGAACAACUUACGACCCGAAUCGGACGUCUGUGGAUGAGAAGAUGUGGUCCAACACCAGCUUUGACUAUCUUCGUCGCCUAUGCACCAACAUCAAGCUACGAAGAAGAAGUCAAAGCUUUCUAUAUGGACCUGGAGAAGUUCUACCGAGAAGAUCAUGCCUUCUACAAGGUCAUAAUUUGGGAUUUCAACGCCAAAAGGCUCUCCGAGUUCAUCAUGACGACUAAGACCAUCCAUGGGAACUCGCAACACAAGAAGCCGUCCUCUCUACGCUGGACGUGGGAGUCACCCGGUGGAGGGUACCGUAAUGAAAUAGACUACAUCAUCGUCAGUGAAAGGUUCUGCCUGACGGAGGACGCUGUUGUACCAAAGUUCUAUACGGGAUCGGACCAUCGCCUCCUCCGAAGAAGAUUUUCCCUCACAAGGAGAGCAAAGAAAGCCGCCAAGUUCAGAGAGAGAAAUCCCAAGGCUAUCAUCAACUGGGAUCUCUUUGCUACGCUAGCCGGCUUUUGGGAAGAUUCCGCAAUCGACGAGGAAUAUGACCGGCUUGUUGAACACCUGUCACGACCGCGCGAAGUCGGCUGA